AUGGGAAAUCAAUUGGCACAACUACGAGCAGAGCGUGUGGAAGAUGCUACAGAAGUGCGACAAUGGGCUUUCAGUACAUUUCCUGGCUUAGAACCUAAUCUAGAAACUAUCUUUGCCUAUCACUCAGUAGAUGGAACUGGAUUACUAGAUUAUACACUGAUUGAGAAGAUAUCACGGCAUUUGAUUAUGAACUUUGGUUAUACCGAUUUGCUUUUACGACUUACAAAUAUAGAUGGUACACUUGAUAGCCGUUAUAUUUCAGAAGGCCUUGCGUUGCUUAAUGUUAAUAUUAGGAAGCCAAUGGCGCUUGAUGACUUUAAAAACUAUGUUGUUUGCUGGUUAGAUAAGCUGAUAGAAAUUCAAGAUUCUGAUGUAGAGAAUUUAAACACUGCAUUAAGAGAGAAACAAGAGGAGCAGAAGACUCGAAUAAUGAAUGCUGUUACACAGUGGCGUCAGAGAUUCAAGACAAUUGAUGAUUUUCAUGUAUUUUGUGAGGAUGUGCGAGAUGCUAAGAAGAUGGAGUUGGAUGAAGUUGUUGCAGAUGUUUAUGAAAUGCAGGAAAAACUUAAUGAACAGCAAUUACGUUUACUGCAGCGCCAGAGGGAGGUGGAGGAAAUCUAUGCAUCUGUACAAGCUGAAGAGGCAGCUAUUCAAGAAGCAUUAUCUAAUGCUCCUUCUGCUACUCAGCUAAUGUCUGAAGAAAUUGCGAAGACAUUUAAACAGAAUGUACAUGGUGAUGUUACUCAGUUUACAUAUUCCUCAGAUUUAACACCAUUUGGAGCUCCAGUUUCUGCAGGAGCCUCUACAGCAUUUAAACGUAAUAUUGCGAAACCUAGAAAGCCAACAAGAGUUUUAGGAAUGUGCUAG